UGGCGGCUGUCGCAAUCAGAGAGUGUGUCUCUUCGUAAAAACGCCGGUUAGGCAAACAUCAGCACAUUUGCCUCUCCCACAGGAUUCAAAAAUUAUAUGGCAUUUUGUAACGUGAUUAGUAUUUGCACCUGGAAUCGUUUUAAUUCAAGUUUAUUCCGUCACUUUGGUAAAAGUCGCGUGUCAGGCUGGAGGACGUUACAUCAUCAAGCAUGUUGCGCACGUUUCGACUCAAGACAGACUUCUUCUGUAGAAAGUUGUGUCGUGCUUUCCAGACAUAUUUCUACAUUGAACAAGAAUUCUCUACGUUUCACUUGUCAAGGAGAACAGAAAGGAGGGCUAAACAUAAAUAAUUGCGGCUUGCAUUGCUCAAAGACGUGUUUACAAGAGAAUGUUGUUCGUGCGACCCAACAAACCGAACAAGAUCUGGACACAAAAAUGAGAGAAGAUAAAGAAAAAGCGGAAAUUGUUUAUUCAUUGGACGAAAAUUCUUCAGGAGAAAAAGCAAGAAUUCAAGAAAGUUUAGACGACGCGUCUCUGCGCUCGAGUUGUAGCGAAUUAAGCGAACGUUCCACUGGUGAUACGGAAACUUGCUCAACUGAAGACAGUUCGUCCCCAUCCUCAACUCCUCUUACAGCAGAAACCGUGGAUAAAUUCUUAGUCAACUUCUUUGAUGACAUGCAGGUUAAAAGAGCUGCCCGUGAAAAUGGUUUAUCAAAUGCUUUAUUUAAGAGAAUCUUUCAAGAGUUCAAAAGGAAAAUAAUUUUGCAAGUGGAAGAUGGGAACAAAGAAAUGCUGAAACUGUUCAGUUCAUCUUAUUAUAAUGCCAAUUACAUGCAACAACUCUUCCCGUUGUUCAUGACAUAUGCGCAGAAAGUUCAUCCCAUGCUAAACAGUAUUGCGGAAGUGAAAAAGAUAUCAGACUUGCGUGGACCCACUGAUUUGUUUCCUGAAGCUAGAGCAAUGAAAAGGAAAAUCAUUUUUCAUGCUGGUCCAACAAACAGUGGGAAGACUCAUGCUGCUAUUCAGAGAUUUCACGCAGCUUACUCUGGAAUUUACUGUGGUCCACUACGGCUUCUAGCAACAGAAGUGUUUAGGAGAACAAACAAUGUUGGAGUACCAUGUGACCUGUUGACUGGCGAGGACAGACAGUGGGCAGUGUCACCAGAUGACCCAUCUAAUCACAUUUCAUGCACUGUUGAGAUGUGUCUCACGAAAAGACCUUUUGAUUGCGCUGUGAUUGAUGAAAUCCAGAUGAUGAGAGACACAGAACGAGGCUGGGCCUGGUCACGAGCUCUUUUAGGUCUGCUAUGCGCGGAAAUACAUGUUUGUGGAGAAAGUUCCGCCAUAAAUUUAGUGGAAAGAUUAGUGUCUUCGUGCAAUGAUGAAUUAGAGAUUCGUCAUUAUGAGAGACUGUGCCCUCUGGAAAUCAGCCAGCGUAGUCUUGAUGGGAAUUUCAAAAGUAUUAGAGCUGGAGAUUGUGUUGUCGCGUUUUCUCAGUGGGAUUUGUACCAAGUGCGAAGACAGAUUGAAAGACAAACGGACAAGAAGUGUGCCAUCAUUUAUGGAAGUCUUCCGCCAGCCACAAAAUUGGAGCAAGCAAUGAAGUUUAAUGAUCCAACAGAUGAGUGUUCUGUACUGGUAUCCUCAGAUGCUAUUGGAAUGGGGCUGAACUUGAACAUUAGGAGGAUUGUUUUCAGUUCGCUUAGGAAAUUCGACGGCAAUAGCAUGGCGCCGCUAACGUCCUCCCAAGCCAAACAGAUCGCUGGUCGCGCUGGGAGAUAUGGCUCGGCUCAUUCUAAGGGAGAAGUCACCACGGUCAGUAAAUACGACUCCAAAUCUCUUAAAAGGCUGAUGAAAGAACCUAUAGAAGAUGUGAAGGCGGCUGGGUUAGCCCCCAGUAUGGAGCAAAUAGAAAUGCUCGCUCAACAACUCCCCGGUGCAAGUCUCUUGAAGUUAUACGAAAUGUUUGAAACUGUGGUUCAAUUGGAUGGUGCAAACUAUUUCAUGUGCGACUUGGCAGAUCCAAAGUCUAUAGCCAGAAAACUAAGAGGAAUUCCUUUGCCCAUAAGUGAUCAAUAUGUUUUCAGCACCGCUCCAAUCAGUGUGAAAAAGUCGAUUAUCAUUGAUCUUGCCAGAAAGUUUGCAGAGUGUUUGAGUAAAGAUUCCCCAAUAACAGCUUCAAAGCUCGAGACGUUUUUAAUCUGGCCGCGCCAAGCUCCCCGGACGCUGGACCAGCUAAAGAAUUUAGAAACGUUACAUGAAGGACUCGAUCUAUAUCUUUGGCUGAGUUACCGUUAUCCUCAAAUAUUUGUGGAUACGGAAAAUGUAUGCAAGAUGCAGGAGGACUUAGAAAGCAUCAUUGGUGAGACAGUUUCAUCCAGUACCUUCGGUGCAUCCACGUUUAGUCUACAGUCACGAAAAAGUCGCAAGAGAAGGUUCCACGAUGCAAAUCUUAUCAAGUGGAUGAAUUAUCAAAAAUUUUAAGAGGCUCCCCGGUUUGUAAAUGUUGGAUAACUUCUUCGCCGAUACAUAAUUUACAGAAUCUUAAAGUACGUCCCGCGUUUUUCCCACACAGAAGGAAAGAGAUGGCAGUAAAGAAAGGCGAAGAUUUGAAUGAAGAUGUGCGUUGUUGAAUUGUCGUGUCAAAUGGGUUUUGUAUUCAUAAGAAAUAAAAAGUAU